AUGAAUCUCACGUCGCUAACGAAACCCGAGCUCGUUAUGCUGGCUCAAGAGCUAGGCAUAACAGCACAGAAGGCAAUGCGCAAGCAGGAAAUUGUUGACGCAAUAUACAAGGUGCACGCCGACCGGGACCGGGCGCUGGCGCAGGAGACUCAGGCAACUCUGGACGUUCUCAACGCAAUGCAGAGAGCUCAUCAGGAGGAGCUUCAGCGGGAGAUCUGCAAUCUCAAGGAGGGCUACGCCCACUGCAUGAAGCACGGGGCCGCAGACUGGCUGCAACGGGAGCACUGGGAGGACCUUGAGCAGAUCCAUGGAGAGAUCCUGUCUCUGUCCGAGCAGUUCUCCCGCCAGUGCCGAGAGAAGGCCUCCCUGGAGGAGAAGCUGCAGCUGGCCUCGCAGCAGCUGCACGAGGCAAACUUCAAGGUGCUGGACUUGCUGGCAAGGAACAAGCAGCUUUCUGCCCAGCUGAACCUGCAGGUGCUCCAGAGGGAGCAGGCGUCCCAGGACUCCCCGGAGGAACUUCAGAAGCUCUUGGUAUUGAGGGAAAGUCAGCUUGUGCAGCAGCAUGAGGAGAACGCCCAGGCCGUGCAUUGCCUCCAGCUGGCCGGAACGAAAAUCAGCCAGCUGAGCAGCCAGUGCCAGCAGCUGGGGAACAGCCUGCGGGCGGAGCGUGGCUCUCGGCAGCUGGAGUCGCAGCGCCUGCAGGCUCGCCUCGACGGACUGGUCGCCUCACCUGUACCGGAGGAGGUGACGGGACGUCCCGCUCCGGAACGCAGAUCUUCCCUGGGGGUCCGCAGGCACGCAUCGCUCUCGUCAACCACAGAGUCGUCCAAGCCCAGCGGCCAUUGCGAGGCGCCAUCCCCCGUCAACUGAAGAGGGCAGCUAGAAACUGCGGUCUCCGCAGGCCAGAGCCCCGACACUGGUCUGGCUGCUCCUCUGGUUGGAACCCUCCCCUAGUGACAGAAAGGUCAUCAAGGACAUCGGCCGAGUCGGGAACGGACCGGCCGCAUGAUCCCAGCAUGGAAGAUUGGCAAAACUGGCACGAUGCACGGUCAAGCUGGAAACGUACAGGCCGAGAUUGCAGUAUUGGCAAUAUAUUGGCAGGACAUCGGCCAAGUUAAGGCGCUCGGUGGUGCGAUCCCAGCGUGGAAGAUUGGC